GUGUCUCUCAGUCCACAGUGCCCGCCCCGUUUGGCUUCACGUGGGUUGAUAGUGGAAGAUUGAUUACAUCUCCGGGAUUUGCUGUGGAGGCAUAGCACGCAGGCGGACUGAGAUUUGCUCUCUUAACAGCUGGAAAAAGACAUUAUUAUCAUAUAUUUAAGUCAGUGUCUAAGUACUAUUUACUAAAUAAUAUUUAGACAUUUUACGGCCCCCUAAGUAGUCGUGCCAGACUUGGACUUGGGUGUCGUGGAGCUCCUGCGCAGUGUUCCGUGGAUGUGUGGAGGUAGCACGCCGGGGAGUGGGUUGGGUCGCCCGGGUGCCUGGCACACAUCCUCGGCGCUCAGACGCCAAAGGUGAGCGGAAGAAAAAACCCCACAAAGAAGGUGUAGUGCUUGCGGAGGACGUCGUACGAGUGGAAGGCACCGUGUGUGGAUUUGUCAAGACAAGCUGAGCGGGAUUCGUCUUCCUUUUUCCGGGUCUGGAGGAGCCGUCGUCCAAACAGGAAGAGCGGACAUCGCUGGGGUGGCUCAGCCGGGCAAGGCACGAUGGCAACCGGUGUGCUCCUCGUCGCCUUCACGCUGCUUGCAGGUGCCGCCGUGGCCCAGAGAGUGGUGACGGUGCAGAGCGGGCCGCUCGUCCGGACCGAGGGCUCCCAUGUGACCAUCUGGUGCAACGUGACGGGCUACAAAGACGGUGUGGAGCAGGACUUCGAGUGGUCAAUGUACCUGGCGUCCGCAGCGGACCGGGAGAUCCGCAUCGUGAGCACGGCCCAGCCCAACUACGCCUACGCCGUCUACGCCCAGAGGGUGAACAGCAAAGAUAUCUACGUGGAGAGGCUGAGUCGUGACUCGGCCUUGCUGCACAUCACCAAGGUGCAGGCCAAGGACCAGGGCCUGUUUGAGUGUUACACGCCCAACACGGACGGCCGCUACCUGGGCUCCUACAGUGCACGCACCAACCUCACCGUUAUUGCUGACUCCCUCACAGUAACUGCUCCAGCCCAGACUCUUUCCAAAGUGGAAGGCGACACACUACAACUCACCUGUGAAGUGUCCAGGACCACAAUGCAACACACACACUUGUCAGUGGGUUGGUAUCUGAAAGCCCCGGAUGACACAACAGCACCCCCACAGGAGCUGCUCACCCUGUCGAAGGACUUUGUUUUACGGUCUGGGGGUCCGUACCGGCAGAGGAUGGCAGCGGGGGACCUCAGGCUGGACAAAACCAGUGCCACCUCCUAUCGACUGACCAUCCACAAGCUGCAGCCGGUGGACCAGGGCCUGCUCUACUGCCAGGCGGCCGAGUGGAUCCAGGACAGCGAUGGCAGCUGGUUUGCCAUGACCCGCAAGCAGAGCGACAAGACUCAGCUCCGCGUUCAGCCCACUGAUCGUGACUUCAGCAUCCAGGUGAGCACGGAGCGACGGUCCUUCACGGCCGGUGAGCCGCUGGAACUCCGCUGUGCCAUCGAGGCGCAGAACGUCCCCGAGCGCUUCUUCUCGGUGUCGUGGGUCUUCAGCAGCUCACCGGUGGCCGUGGUGGGCCCCGGUGCCGUGCCCGUCCUGGGCCCCGACUACGUGGCCCGCGAAGCCGCCGGCCACAUGACCGUGCGCAAGGAGAGCGUCAACGUGCACCUGCUCAAGCUGCAGCAUCUGCGCACCGAAGACGCCGGCAAAUACAUCUGUCGCGUGACGGAGCGGGAAAAGACGCCCACGGGAGACUUUAUCGACCGCAGCAAGAGGUCCCGCAAUGUUCAGAUCACGGUGCAGCCGCUCAAGAGCAACAUCACCGUGUUGUUAUCAAGCAACUCUUCCGAGGUCCUGGAGGGCAACAUGGUGCAAAUGACUUGCUUGGUCCACUCCACUACAGGCCCACUGUCUGUGGUCUGGCAGGUGACUGACAAGCAGGGAGACGGUCUGGCCCUGGAGCUAGCCUCUUUGGAUCGGGAUGGCACCGUGCGGCACAGCGACGCCUACAAAGAGCGCGCCAGCUACGGCGAUAUACGUGUGGAGAGGCUGGGGGCUGACACGUUCAUGCUCUCCGUGUACAACGCCUUGCCUGACGAUGAGGGCUUGUACGUCUGCACUGUGACAGAGUGGUUUAAAACGGGAACUGAACCGGAGCAUACCUGGGGGAAGAUUGGAGAGAAGUCUGCCACGGAGACUAUCACAGUCAAAACUGUUGAGUCCUCCUUCAUGGUGUCAGCCUCGUCACGGACCCCGUCUGUAACCUUCGGCGACUCCUUCGAGCUCCUGUGCUUGGUCAAACCCCGCCACAACCCUCGCGUCCCCACCUCCGUCACGUGGCGCUUCAUACCGGCUGGCAUGGAGGCGUCCGACGAGGGCGAGUUCAAGGAGCUGGUGACUUUCACCCGAGAGGGCACGCUGAAGUGGGGGGAGCAGCUGCUGGGACUGGGAACCCGUACCACCGUGGACCGCUCUCACUCCAACACCAACUUUUGGCUGUCGGUGACACGGGCGGGACGUCGCGAGGCCGGCAAGUACCAGUGCACCGCUGUCCUGUGGAGGAAGAACUACGACAACAGCUGGAGCAGAGUGGCCAACCGCACUUCCAACCUGCUCGGAAUCAGCGUCCUGCAACCAGAAAGUAACCUGCGAGUGCAAAAGACCAACCAGUCCCUGGUCCACCUGGAGGACAGCCGGGUCAGGAUCAAUUGCUCCAUCAGCUCCCAGACCGCUCAGGACUCCCAGCAUGCCGUGCUGUGGUACGUGAGACGAGCCGCAGGGUCGGAGGCCGACGAGCUCCUGCUGAGGAUCGAGCGAUCGGGCGCCCUGGAGUACGGCACGUACGCCGACGAGGAGAGGCUGCGGCGGCGCGUGCAGGCGGAGAGGCUGUCGCCCCGCCUGUACGCUCUGACGCUGAACAGGGCGGAGAGCAGUGACUCUGGCACCUAUUACUGCCUGGUGGAGGAGUGGCUGAGUGACCCAGAUGGAGCCUGGUACCGCCUCUCACGGGACACGUCCGGCUUCACCGAGGUUCUGGUGAGACAGCCAGAGGCGCGGCUGCAGGUGGAGGAGGCGGAGUCAAACGUGACGGUGUCAGAGUGGGGGUCCAUCAGACUGGGCUGCAGCAUCCCCUCCCAGUCCUCCCGAGACUCUCGCUUCUCCGUGUCCUGGUACGUGGAGCGCUCCCAGGACCAGUACGAGGAGCUGCAGCCGGGCCAAGAAGAGGAAGAAGAAGAAGGAGGAGGAGGAGGAGGCCAGCGCGAGUGCGUCUUCUCCAUCGGACACGACGCCAUUUUCGGCAACGGCAAUUGCAGCCCCCGAGAGGAGGCGGGGCCUAACUCCCGGCUGCAGUUUGAGAGGACGACGUCGGAGCAGUACAGUCUGACCAUCCAGGAAGCUCGGCCCACGGACGCCGGGCGCUACUACUGCCACGUGGAGGAGUGGCUGCUCAACCCUCGCAAGGCCUGGUACCGCCUGGCCACCAACAACUCUGGCAUCAUCUCUGUCAGCGUGCUGCAGCAAGCAGAGUCCAGCGUGAAAUCGGUGGUUUGCUCCAACGCCGCGCUCUUCUACUUCGUCUUCUUCUACCCCUUCCCCAUCUUCGCCAUCCUCCUCAUCGCCCUGCUGCUGGUGCGCUUCAAGGGCCGUGGCAGCAGCAAGAGCCAAGAGGGCAAGAACGGCGCCCCCCUGCUGUGGAUUAAGGAGCCGCACCUCAGCUACUCGCCCACCUGUUUGGACCCGCCCGCGCUCAGCCUGCACCCGGGGUCUGUGGACUAGGUGGGCGGGGCCACGCGUCGGGUCGACACCAGGAGCACCCGGACUCCACUGCUUCCUGUGUGUGUGUGUGUGUGUGUGUGUGUGUGUGUGUGUGUGUUUGUACGAGUGUGUGUGUGUGUGUGUGUACGACUCCUUUUUUUUUUUUUUUUUUUAGAUUUCCCUGAAUAUUGGUCUAUUUUUCAAAAAGGACUACGAAGAGAAGGAACUCAGGCAUUGGUUGGAUGCCCCCGCCCAAAUAAAAGUCUCCACCGUCCAGUCCAAGAGCACCCACUAUGUUGGUUGCCAUGGUGACGCCCCCGAGGAGCCCACUGACUCCGCGGCCGAUGACUUGGCAGCUUUGCAUAGGAACAAAGAAAAGGUCCACCUGUUCCCACUAAGAGUUUGGCCCACAGAAGAAGUUCCUGCAGCGCCGCUUCCACACUGCCAGACCCACUCACACGUCUGCUGCCUUUUUUUACUUUGCCGUCCUCCUCAUUUCCACAAAAGAUGAGAGCGUUGUAGAAAAAACAAAAAAAACGUUUUAAUUGCUGGAGAGUCGACUGAAAUUCAAAUCUCUCACAUUUCUUUUCAUGUAUUGCCUUUUUUAUCUAUAAAAGAGAACUUUUUAGGAAGAUGUGUAAAAUAGCUAAGCGGGCCCACAUCGGUAUCAGUAUCAGUGAUACCACACUUUUGGCUGUAUCGCCCUCCACUACUCUAAAUGUUACUGAAUCCACUCAGUGCGCAUCUAAGUGGAACUAAGAAGUGUGUUUGUGACGACCGAGGAUAUCAAGCAGGAAAAGGUGCUAACAACCAUAGAACGUGAAAUGAAGUAGGAAGUGAUAUUUAGGUCUACAAAAGUAGAAUAGUUAGAAGCGCCGUCGUUUUUUGUGUGUGAUGAGACUCGCCUCCCAAGCGCGCGCUUUUAUUUGGAACACACUUUUAUUUACCUUUUUUUUUAAUGCUAUGUUGAGUUUUUCCUGUGCCAAGGCGUGGUUAUUCCCACACGUGUAAAAGUUGGACCUCCUGCUGGGACGGAACGUUGCAAAGUGACAUGAUGAGGAGAAGUGUGUUUGAAGACGACCUGCGUGUAGAUACUGUAAUGUAGUCACGCACACGCGCUAUAGCACGAGUGCUAGUGCGAGUACGUGGCUGCGAGCAAGUGUUUGUUUUAAGAAGAGGUUUUUUUUGUUUCUAUUUAUUCUUUUAUACUUCUUGUUUGUUUUUCUUACGUUGCCUGGCAACAGGCCCGAGCAGAUUGUUGUUGGAUUGAGUGGAAAAAAAAAAAAGUACUGUGGCUUCACGUGGAACGUUUGGAAAAGACAAAUAAAAAAGGUUCUGCUUGGUAUUUUUGUGGCGCUGCUCCUCCUCCACUAGAUUUUUUUUUUUUUUUUUUUACAUGUAUUUUUGAUAUAUUUAGAUUUUUGAUUCUGAUCAAAGGCAGAAGAUGUGAAAGAUUUGUCUGACCUGGCCUAGAAAGCAGGAGACAGGGCAUUCACUGCCAGACUGGACCUCACUGAGGAGAAGAGAAAGACAACAUAGUCAACACGUGUUCUGCAUGACAGGAGACAUGUUGGAUGUUUUGGAACUGGCUGUGUGACAGGUGCUACUCUUCCUGACACCCUCUGAAGGCCCCGCCCCCUCCCUUCGUUAUCCACCAACUGCAAACAUGUGACUGCGUGAUGCGAUGUUGCCGGUAUCGCCUUUGUCUUCCGCAAAGGAGAUACAUGCUUUUCAUCCCAAACAUUUUGUAUAAACGUAAUCUCACAAGUGCAAGAAUUUAGUAGGACAUCAUUGUAAAAGUGUGGCACAUUACCCACACACACAUGCUAAGUGCUAACCAUACAGCUCCAUAAACAAAGUUCAAUACCUAAGUACCAAUACCAAGGUUCCCCAUGAUGGUAUUGACUUUUAUAUUAGAAUAGUGAUAUUGUGACACACGGUAGCCUUGAACUAUUUUACCUUUUUUCUCUGAGUUGUUAGAAUCAAUUUAAAUUUAAUUUGACAACUGAAACUGGUUGUGUAUUAUCAGUAUUAGUAUAUAUAUG